ACUUCCGCCGGUGGCUCGUCUGGAGAGCUGAGUUCAGUGGGACUGCGUGGACGUCAGAGCUGUGUUUACUCUGUGCAUGUCCAAAAGUCAUGGAUGAACCAACUGGAGAACAAACACUUCGUAUUUGUUCGUUGAGAUUGUCAAAUCGACGCGGCUCUGAGUCUGACAGAGAAAUCCCUGCAACUGUGGAGUAAUUUCAACUGGAGAGGAGAUAUUUGCAGGUAAGGUCAGUCUUAAAUACCGUGGAGCAUGUGUGACGAGUGGCUGUCUGUCGUGUGAAUAAUGCACAAUAACUUGACAUGAUAAAGUGAAGUAACAUAAAUGACAGGUUAUGGGCGUAUGCAACUAAUUGACGAGUAACCUAAACAUUGUCCGACUGAAUAUGUUUGACACGUCUGAAUUCUGUUUUGCGUGACUUACAGUUCGCAUUAAAACCACUAAAAGAUCUUUUCCCAUUUUCCUGGGGCGUGACAUAAUCCCGGUUCCUGUUUUUGCAAGUCACUGUUUUUGGCUCCCCUCAGUGCUGACGUGAACAGCAAUUUAAUGUCAGCUGUCUGAAAAGUAGACUGGACUACCAAAUCCAAAUGCAGCAUCCGAUUAUGCCCAAAUCCAGACUGAGAUUCUACCAAUCAGCGUUUAUUUAAGUGAGGAAGAUUGAUGUCAGCGACUUUAAGGGGAAAGUGCUUCCAGAGUGCGCUGAUAAGGAGCUCUGAUAACAAAGGUACACAGGUUCAUCACAGCACAGAGGGACUCCACAGUGUCUGUCUUUCUGUUUUACACAAUGAGGAACAAACUCGAUGGCAUGUUUCGUUCUCCUACAUGGAUUGAUUUCCUUUUCUUUCCUUCAACAACAACAAAAAAGUUUCAUUUCCUGCUUUUUUUUUCUCGUAAUUUGUACAUUUCCUCUGACGUGGUAUGUGAGGAGAGCUUGACUCUUAUGUUAUCUGAUAUUAAUGACAGUGCUGUAACCAGACUCCUUGCUUCUAUUUGGAGCAGGCCAGAGACAGGACAGUAUGCACUGUGCACAGUAAACAUAUCUUUCAAAUGUGUCAUUUCUAUAAUGAGCCAUGUUAAGCUAAUAGAAUAGAUGCAUGUAAUAAUUUCAUUAUGAACCUCAUGUCUCCAGAGCUUUGGUGACUUCAGUGUUGCGUGCUCUCUUCUUUCUGAGGGAGCUUGUCUUUCUUUCUGUCACUGACACUGUAACACUAUGUGUCAUGUGAUGAUGUGUUUAGGUUUGGAGAUAAAAAAAAGCCAAGCAAAAGUGGACCACCAUCCAUUCACCCUUCUGAGUCUCCUGUGGUCAUCCUCUCUGAUCCGUUACUAAAAUGACCUCAAGGCAGGGAGAUAUCCCAGGUAACACAGAAAUUUAGAUUCAAAUUGAUAAUCAAACUCAAGGAAUAUUGAUAACUGUAUGUGGUUGUGCUUAACACCGUCUUUCCUCCCAUGUUUCAGCACUUGAGUCUGGCCCUUCAUCUGGACUCUUCGGUGCCCUCUCAUCCCCUAUCGGAAUGAUGAGACGCAAUACAAGCUAUGAUGAGCACAUGGAUGCCCCCAUGCAUUCCCCACCUCCAGACCUUGCUGUCAACAUCUUGUGGAAAGAUCCGGUCAUCCCAAAGCACAAGUUCAGGAACACACCAGAGGUGCCUUUGUGUUCAUUCUGACUGACUGAUCCAGUCUUUGAAGCAUUAACUGAACAAAAGAUUAUUUUUUUUGGUUUGUGUGCAACCUGUCGCUAGGAGUUAGGUGCAUUAGGUGCAUGCCUGCACACGUUUGACUUGCUCGCCUAUUUGUUAUGUAACUGGUUUGUAAGUUGAUCCUAACAGUAUAAACUCUUGUGACUAGGAAAGCCGGAGUGGGGGAAAACUGCUGACCACUGAACCACAAUCGCCAGCCAAGACUCCAGUGCCUGUUGUGAAAGCCAAAGCCACCUCUUUAAUGAAUACACUGAUGUUCAGUAAGUCAACAAACCAGCUGAAUAACUCCGAUGAAUUAUUUUCAAUUUAACACUGAGAUUCACUGUUUCCUUAAAGACUUACGUAAGCUUUACCAAUGAUUAUCCAGUUAUCAGCAAAACAAAAGAAAACACUUCAAGCUUAAUCUAGCUGCAUUUAGACACUAGACUUAUGUUUAUUUUACUAACUGUAUACUCAUCCUCCCCAAGAGCAGACCCAUGAGAAUCUGCAGAGGUUUGAGCACCAGGUAGGCCUGACAGAUGCCGGGUAUUCACCCCACAAAGGGCUGUCUGCUGAGGAGACCCGCUUUCACCGGCUUUGUGACACCCCACCGCCAGUGAGUAUAAACAAAAAUAAGGUAGAGGUUUGUGGAAAUUUGCUCUCUCUGUCCUAAUAUCAUAAUUAGUAACCAGACAGAAUGAAAAAGGAAACAACUCCCUCUGAUGGCUGGUUUACUAAACAGGUUAAGUCCAAAUGAUUACUCCAAGGUCUGAACUUCAUGAAUGAUCAGGGAUAAAUCUGGUCUGGUCUGGUCAAUCUACUGAAGUCUUUUUAGGCUGAAACGUUAUAACAAACCAGUUGUAAAUAGAAAUCGAUAAUAACUUCUUUUUUUUUUUUUUGGCCACAAAUGAAACUUAAGGUGGUGUUUGUAACAUUCAAGAUGUAACAGUAUCACUAUAGCCAUUAAAAUAUUCUUAAACUUAACAUUCAUUAUACACUCAAACAAGGGGAACGUAUUUAUACACUUAUGUUAUUCAUCAGCAUCAGACAAUGUAUGAGCAGAACAAUCAAGUAUCAUACCUUAUCUUUGCUUGUAUCAUGGAAAGUUAAGCAAAGGCUGUAGUUACACCUUCGUUCAUCAAAACAGCCUGCAACUGUUUAUAUGCACAAAGGUUAUGUUUUCUUUUCUGUCCAGAUUUGGCUGGUUUCUCUGAAAUCUGUGCUCUCUCCCAUCCCAAAUCCCCCCCAUGCUCACGUUUUGGGUGAAUAGAUUGACCAUUCAAAUGUACAUAAUCAGUCCAAUGUGUUAUGGUAUUUCUACAAAUAACAAAGACAUUAGUAGACUAACAUUCCUUGUAUUUUUUGUCCAUGGUUUCAGUUCAAAUAAGUUCGUAUUAUUGCAAAAAAUGUGUGGUAAAGACACAGUAAUAUGUAAUAUUUUUCCGUGGAUGAUUGCAGGUUAAAUAUGAAAUAAUAUCUUGGUAAACAGAUUACGUAACUAACCCUCUGUCUUUCAAACUAUCAGCAGAAGCGUUGCCAAGCAACGCCCUCAAAUGAACCGAGCCUCCUUAUUUUGUCAAACCGACCAAUCACAGAGCUCCUUUCAGAAGAGUUGUUUGUCAGAGGCCUUCUGCAGAGGGUAUCUCCUGGUCGCCGAUAAAAGAUCCUUAAACUCGUUAAAAUAGGCAAUAAUGGACAAAAUGAAAGAACCAAUGGAACUGGAGCGCCACAGAAAUUUUAUUAUGAAAAGGUACGUCAAAGAUUUUUGCUUUUAGCUUUCGUUGGAGCCAUUUUUUACCGGACUGUCGACCACGGGCCGUUAGGAAAGUGAUAUCAGAUGCUAGCUUGAAAUACCGCAGCCGGACGUUGUAACUUCUUUAAAUUUCUGAAAUAUCGGCCACCAACCCGCGUUUAGUAGUGUCUUACCACCAAAGAGAGCAUUAAUCAUCAAAAGACUCGAAGGGUGGCAGCUGAGUUUGACUUAACUAACAAAAACAAGAGACGUUUGUUAGCUGUGUGUUUGGCUUGAGACCGUUACGUUCGCUGUUAUGUGGCAGCCCAACGGUCGUUAGCUUAGCACAUGCUAACUAUCGUUUAUUGAGCACCAAACGGCAGUGUUGCUUUCUGGAAAUCACUCAAGAUGUGGAGAGUUGUUACGCUGCUCCCAUGUCUGCCGAGGGCUGUAUUUGUCUUCCUGUGUUUUGGGAAACGGCUCGGCCUUAUCUUGCUCUCGUCUGUGAAGUGCAGCCUUCCUCAGCCUCAGACUCACACUCUCUUCUAUCAUCGUUCUGUUCCGUUUAAUGGAAACACAUAAGAUGGACUAACAGAGCUCAGCUCCGUCUGAUUUAGGAUUUGUACGCAGUAUGUUAUUACUUCCACACAAUUCAUACAUAGUGGCCUUGUACAGUCUCAUGAUGAAGUCGAUUUUUGGUUGUACACAAGUCACCUGUCUUUCACAAAUACCUCGGAGUCCUGGGUCUGACAUGGAGCGUGCCAUUAUUUAUUUUCCUUUUUCAUGACAGCAGAGUCUGCUUAACCAAACAAAAACAAUUUGAGCAGCCAAGAUCUGGUCGUGACUCGGAAAAUUCUGGCUGAUGUCCACCAGGGUACUGAUGGCAGGGGGUUUAAAACCACAGGGACGGUCCCUGAUUUUCAUUUGCACCAUGGUUUCUGCUCUGAGCAUACCACAGGACUACAGGAUGGAGAAGAGUUUGGAAGGACGUCCAACACACGGAUCAUGGAAAUAUGCCUAUACUGGAUGGAGAUUUUACAUAAAUAUUCUGAAAGACAUUUUUGCUGAAAUAGAAUUUAAUGUAAAGGCAAGUAUGUUUAGACAUUCAGUCGGGGGACUUGUUGGAGUUAUCAGGAUAUAAGACCAGCUUCAUGUUUGAAAAAUAGGGAAUAUUUGCAAAACUAGAGCAAGUUAAACUCAUUUGGACUUGUGGUGUUAAAGAUUGAGAUAGUUUAGGUUGACCUACAAGCAGUUUUCAAUCAUUUAAUUGUAGUUUUUCUUUUAAUUUAACCUUUAUUUAAUAAAAUGUCGUAUACUAACGUUAAAAAAGCUUCCACUUUGUCUUAAAGUGGUUCUCUUUCUGUGCCUCCUCUUCCUCCCCACCCUGUAUAUUUAGUGAAGCAUUGACAAUGUUUAUUUACUUUUUGUAACAGCCCAAGAAAAAUGCCACUGACCCUCUGCAUUGUGUACCCAGGGAGUGUUUACUCUGUAAAUAAAAGUCAGAACUAUGUUCCUGUGUAGAAUCCUGCACUCUAAAUCACGGUCUAAUUUUCUUUGCUUACAGAAGUUGAGAAUGCCAAGCGGGGACUUCAAGGAGGACAGGCUUACACCAUCAGCACAAUCCACCCCAACUGGUACCCCUUCCGUUACCCCCUCUGUCACCCCCAGUGUAACCCCUUGUGUCAGUCCCCACUCAUCACCUGCUCUUAAUCGCAGGUAGGUGUGAUUCUACUUCAGCUCAUGUAGGUUGUUGACCAGAAGCUGAGCCACAUAAUUCUUUCUGCAUUUCUAUAAUGUAUCCAAUCACGUGUUUGCCUGCAUAACCAUUUCUUGCUCUCGUUUGGUGGGAAUGAAGGAGCUGGUUCCAGCUGAGUCCCACUCCUUUCCCUGCAACUCCGGAACUCAGCAGUCCCAACCCCAGCACAGACAUGGGAGGAAAUGAAGGAGGAGGAGAGAGGUGGAACUUUUUUGGAACUCGGUCUGUGGUCCAGAAGUCCCCCACAGACCCGGGUUCAGAAAGUGGCACAGGUAAAAGAUUUAUACCCAAAGGGUGUUAUCUUUUGAGCGCUAUUCAUUAAAAUAUUUGAAGCUACAGUAGGAGCAAACAAGAUUUUGAGAGUAUCAGGAAUAUAUUUGUAAAAGCCAAUCAGUGGAUUCUGAAAUACCUUUCACAACAUCAAAAUUGUUAAUCUUUAAAGUACAACACAUGUGAGAGAGACCCCAACACUACAGUUUUGUGUGUCUUUGAACACUUGUGCUGACUCAGUUGUCACAGAAAACUUGUUGUUGUAGCUGAGCAGAGUUUUAAGCUGGUGGGGAUUUUCCUCUGAAAGGAUGGGGCUAAGUUAACGCUAUCGUAUGCAAAACAAGAAGGAUGCCCCGCAUGUUUUCGGAGACAUUUUUCACCUCUGACCACACCCACAAAUGAUGUCACACAAUCCAGGAGCACACCUGUUUACGUCUCAAUAAACCAUAACAAUAGAGCUGCACCCUUCAACAGGAACUGAAAGUCACUGAUAUCCUCCCUCCCUCCCUCUCUCUCAUGCAGGCUUCUCAUUGCAGUCCUACUUUGGCCUGCAGAAGUCCACAACCAUCGAUGGCACUAACCCCCAGGUCAACUUCAAGGUGGAUGACCCUGCCCACUAUAUGCCCCCCAAAAUUGAAAUCUCUGGCAUAGAAGCCAAGAGGGUUCCUCCACGGCCGCAUAAACUUAAACCCCGGGACAUGAAUGUUUUAACACCCUCAGGAUUCUGAAGCCAGACCAUCUCACCCCUGUAUUCCAUCUAAAAAUAUUUCCCUCUCUCACUCUGUCCCCUCUGCACCCCUGCAAACUUCCUGAAGCUGAGAAUAAUAAGGACCACCUCUAGUGUUAGCUCACCAGCCCCAGAGAAAUCACUGCACUGUUACUCCUCCCAGCUGAUCUACUCUGAUAACUGCGUCUUUCUUCUCUUCAUCUAAACAAUCCAGUUUCUUCCAAGUCGGUGGUCCAAAUAAAACAUGUUAUGAAAUAACUAAAUUUUUCACCCCUAAAGAUGGUACCGCUUUGUUUAAUUGUCUGUCAUGUAAUUGGUGCGUAGGUAUGCAUCACCUUGCUGUCUUUGUUCUGUGUUCAGUUUCGGCAUGAGAAAGAAGAUGUUGAAAUAUCUUGUCAGUUCUCAAUGUCAAACCUGAUCAGAUAUUUCAUUUCUUAAUACUCAGUUGCCUCAUUUGUUGUUUUUUUAUGUUGAAUAUGCUCACAGAUUUCUUGUAACGUAGUGCUUCUCUCUGUCAGCAUGCAGAGUGUAGUGAAGUAUGACUGAUACCGUGCCUAAACAUGCAGUGUGUUUGCUGUUGGCUAUUUUUGCCACCUGAAUUCAGUUUUUUUAUGUGUGAGAGAAUUUUAUUUUACUUGGUGUGAGAGAGUGUGUCUGCUGACCUGAAGUGAUUUUUUUUUUUUUUUACUAUCAUUAUUUCAAAGUAUUAAUGCUUUAAAUCAACAAUGUUUAAAUAGUUGUUAAUAUGUUGCAUCAAUCUCGUUUUAUAUGGUAUAAUAUUGUUUUCAACCUGCCACGAGAACGUAAGACUUUGCAGAUUUGAAUCUUAUUUUGCAUUUCCUGUUGAAAGGAUCUCUGCUGUUUUGUUUGAGAGAGUUGAUGAAUUCCAGUUAGUAUUGCACAAGGGAGAUGUCUCCCACUUAUUAAUGUAAAUAAACCUGAUGCAUAGAAGCAAAACCAAA